UCUCCCGUCGGAUCCGCUGCAGUCUCAGUAUGACUCCUGGUUGUCUCUGGUGGAUCAUUUGAAUAUUAAAGCGUUUGUUAAUCUCACGCUGGCCGACUCUGUUAGACAUGGAGUUCAACACCUGCUGUUCAUAUCGGGACUCGGCGGUAUGAGACCCAACACUCUGGUUUUGGGUUUCUAUGACGACGCGCCGCCUCAGGACCAGCUGCAGGACUCCACCCUGUCGAUGUGCAGAUUCUCUGAGAGCUCCGCUCAAGUCGACGAUCCCGAAGAUCCGAACGACCCGCCCUUCCAUUUCCCACCAGUGCGAGGGGGCGUGUCUGUGGGCAGGGGCGGGAAGUCUCUGGGGCCUCAGGAGUACGUGUGCAUCAUCGCAGACGCAGUGAAGAUGCUGAAGAACGUGGCGUUGGUGCGAUAUUUCGGUCAGUUCGAUCGUACGCAGGCGCUCCAGGGGCCCGUAUUCGUCGACGUGUGGCCGGUGAAUCUCCUGCGACCCGACAGCGCCGCGUAUGUCGACACGUGCUCGCUUUUUUUGCUUCAACUCGCGUGCAUUCUAAACAUGACGAGGGCGUGGCAGAAAGCAAAGCUCCGCCUCUUUUUAUGCGUGGAGGAGGGGCGGAGCCUUAAAGGCACGGAACAGAAACUCAAACAUCUUUUGAAAGAUCUCCGAAUGAAGGCGGACAUCUGCACGGUUCCCUGGGAUUCCCAAGUCACGCUUCAUUGGCAGCGGCAGACGCGAUCUGAAAAAAUCGAAGAGAUGGAUAGCGAAGAGAGUGAAGACGAUAAAGGGUUCGCUAACAGUUUCCCUAGCAACACCUCGCGAGUGUCAGACGAGUAUUUACAAGCGGUUAACAAACUCAUCCUGGACCAGACGCUCUGCCCACCUGCUGUCCGCUUCCUGUAUUUGCCCCGCCCCCCCGCCGACACCAGCCGUUACCAUGACUACCUGCAUCAGCUAGAGCUGCUCACGCGUAACCUGGGUCCGACCCUCCUGAUUCACGGGGUCACGCCGGUCAUCACCACUGACCUUUGACCUUCGGUUCCUAAUCACGUAAAUGGAUAAAAGAUACGAGGCGCGUUCGGUUUAUUAUUUUCCACUUUUUUGUGCACUUCACAUGUUUACUUCGGAAGAUUUACAUGAUGUUAUGGAUCACGAGAAAACAUUCACCCAUUCCAUUCCAGUUCUUCCAUCUCUCCUUGUUCUAUUCUUUUCUCGGAUUGUAACAAUGUAACAAGUGGAAUUCCUGGAAUUCCAGAAUGUUGCCGCUUGAUAUUCCGGUGCUGUUCCUGAAUGUUUUUCCUUACAAUGCCAACAAAGACUGGAAUGUUUUACGAUGUUUUUAGACACUCCAGACGUAUUUUGCAUUACAACAAAAGUACAAAGAUUUGUGAGUGUGUUUGUUUACUUGAUGCAAUAAUAAUAAUGUUUUUUGCGGCCAAGACGAAUCUCUUGCCUUCAGCGGUACCACUGAGUUUUACAGUUUUAUUGACACCAAACCGAAGUGCUUUGUGUUGUGUGUGUGUGUGUGUGUGUGUGUGUGU